UUUACGCCUGCGCAGUGGCGUGGUCGGCGCCAUCUUGCGAGUUUCAGACACCGCGUGGUUCAUUCUCUGUCCAAGUCCGGGCGUUCUCCCUGCCUUCCUCGGCUCAGCACCACGCCAGCAGCCAUGGCGUCCACACCACUGCCUCCCAAGGAAAACGCUCUGUUCAAGAGAAUAUUGAAAUGCUAUGAGCAGAAGCAGUACAAGAAUGGACUUAAGUUCUGUAAGCAGAUCCUGGGGAAUCCCAAGUUUUCUGAGCAUGGAGAAACCCUGGCUAUGAAGGGCCUGACCCUGAACUGUUUGGGGAGGAAGGAGGAGGCGUAUGAAUACGUCAGAAGGGGGCUGCGCAAUGACCUGAAGAGCCAUGUCUGUUGGCACGUGUUUGGACUUCUCCAGCGGUCAGACAAGAAGUAUGACGAAGCCAUCAAAUGUUACAGGAAUGCACUUAAGUGGGACAAGGACAACCUGCAGAUCCUGAGAGACCUGUCCCUAUUGCAGAUACAAAUGAGAGACCUGGAGGGGUACAGGGAUACAAGGUUACAACUUCUCCAGUUGAGACCAGCCCAGCGAGCGUCGUGGAUUGGAUACGCCAUCGCGUACCACUUACUCAAGGACUACGACAUGGCACUCAAGAUCCUGGAGGAGUUCAGAAAAACUCAAGCCGUGAAAACUGUGGAGUAUGAACACAGUGAGCUGCUCCUGUACAUGACCAUGAUCAUGAAGGAAGCAGGGAUGGAGGAACAGGCGCUCAAACACCUGGAGACAUACGACAAACAGAUCUGUGACGUGCUCGAAGUACAAGAGAACAAAGGAGAUCUACUGUUAAAGCUUGGCAAAAAUGAGGAAUCAGAAGCAAUCUACAGGGAACUUCUCCGUAGGAACCCAGAGAAUAGAAAGUACUAUGAAGGCAUUGAGGCAGCUAACCCACCAAAAUCAGUAGAGGAGAGACUAGACCUGUACGUGAAGACAGCGGCCAUGUUUCCCCGCUGUCAGUCAGCUCUCAGGCUGCCACUGGACUUCACCACUGGCGAGACGUUUGAGCGGAUGGCUGACCAGUACAUGAGGAAGGCCCUGAAAAAGGGCGUACCUCCACUCUUCAACAACCUGAGGGCUCUGUACCAGGACAAAGACAAGGUGGCAAUAAUAGAGAGAUUAAUGUUAGGGUACCAGGACUCUUUGAAGACUUCGGAGAAGUUUAAUCCUAACGAUGAGGGUGAAGCUCAGCCCCCUACAGCCUACCUGUGGGUACUGUACUACCUGGCCCAGCACUAUGACCACAUGGGGGACACCACCAAGGCUCUGGAGUACAUAGAUUCUGCAAUAGAACACACUCCUACCCUUAUAGAACUGUUUGUGGCCAAAGCAAGGAUAUACAAGCAUGCAGGAGAUAUAGAGGAGGCAGCGCGCUGGAUGGACGAGGCCCAGUCUCGGGACACAGCGGAUAGAUACAUCAACUCCAAGUGCGGCAAGUACAUGCUGAGGGCUGGCAAGGUCAAGGAGGCCGAGGAGAUGUGCUCCAAGUUCACCAGGGAGGGUGUGUCUGCCAUGGAGAACCUGAAUGAAAUGCAGUGCAUGUGGUUCCAGUCAGAAUGUGCUGGGGCCUACCGACAACUCACCCAGUACGGGGAGGCUCUCAAGAAGUGCCACGAAGUAGAGAGACAUUUCCAGGAGAUUGUAGAGGACCAGUUUGACUUCCACACCUACUGUAUGAGGAAGAUGACCCUGCGAGCCUACAUCAGCCUGCUCAGGCUGGAGGACAUCAUCAGAAAACACCCCUUCUACUUCAAGGCUGCCAAGCUGGCCCUGGAGACGUACAUCCACCUGGUGGACCACCCACUGACUGACGAGGACAAGGCAAAGGAUCUAGAACUAGAAAAUUUGAGUCCAAAAGAGCUGAAGAAGUUGAGAAGUAAGCAGAGAAGAGCUGCCAAGAAGGCGGCCAUCUUGGAGGAGAAGAAACACCAACAGGAGAUGCAGCAGCAGAAGGGCAAACGCAAGGACCCUGACACGGAGCAGGACGGUCCUAAGGAAGAUGACUUGGUGCCUGAAAAACUGGCCAAGGUGGAAAAUCCACUGGAUGAAGCAAUGAAGUUCCUAAAACCGAUCCAAAUGUUUGCCCAUGAAAGGAUAGAGACCCAUCUGCUGGCUUUUGAAGUCUACUAUAGAAGAGGCAAACUGCUACUGAUGCUCCAGGCUGUGAAGAGGGCUGUGGCCUUGGACUCCAACAAUGCCUGGCUGCACGAAUGUCUUGUUAGGUUCUCCAAAGCAGUUUCAGAGAAGAACAACUUGCCCGGUCCGGUGUCCACGGUGCUACAAGAAGAGACAAAGGCGUUGUUCGGAGAGGUGGACAUCAAACAGUUUAAUGCAGACUUCAUCAAGAGGAACUCCAACUCAUUACAACACCUGUUAGCAGGUGCCAAGAUGCUGUACUUCUUAGAUCCACAAAGCCAAGACAGAGCUCUAGAACUAGCAACAGAUCUGAGUGAAAACUUGAUAGAUAGGAAUGUCAAGAUAUGCAUCAAGGUACAUGAAGCCCUGUGCUCUGGAGCCUUUGGCAAGUGUGAGGAGCAGACGGAAGCCUACAAGACGCAAUGCCACCAGAUCUUUCCCUUCGCCAGAGUAUUCAUGCCGCCCAAAUCAGAAUCGGACACUGUAACACAAGAUGGGCAGCAGGACGGGCAAACAGAUGGGCAAGACGGACAUCCCGAAGUCGACGCCAACGGUUCUUGAUGACAUCAUCUUAGCGUAGGGUUCUAGGUGCGGGAUGGAGGGACUGACACCAGGGAUGAGGACAAGCCAAAGCACGUGUACUUGUUCGUCCUGUUUUCCUGGACUUGAAGAGAAAAGAGGAAAGCUACCAGUUCUCGCUUUGCUUCAAGGCAAAUAUAAGACAGUGUUGUGUGCAGCUUUGGUACUACCUAAGAGCCAAGGUGUCUUCCUACCUGAAGACAAAAAUAAAACUUUGGACCAGAAAUUCAGACCCUUACAUCUCAAUGUGGCAUCGCUUUGCAUCCAGUUAGUUAUGUGUAGAGCAUUGGACGUUUUGUACUUCAUAGUGCCUACAAAAAGUAAGACAGGGUUGGGGUGGGAACAAAAACUGCUGAACAGUUACAAAUCGAUAUUGAAAGGACAUAGGUGGUUAAUUGCUUUUGGAUGUACUGAAUGCUUGUAGUUUUUCCACUCCCAGCCAAUUGUAAGAUGCAAUUGCAGUCAGAAAUAAUUGGCAGAAAUGUGCACUAUUGUGCCAACUUCCUCCAAACCAGUCAGCCAUUUUUUGUUGGUUACCAAUCCCUGUGGUAUCAUAAAAUGUUUAUAAUACUACAGGGAAAUGUCACAAUUUUUGUAUGAACUGAAUUGUGUAAGAAAUAUGUUAUUUGGCCGGUAAUGUCAAAAUACAUCACUAGCCUUUAGACCAAUGAAAUGUAGUUGGAGGGCUAUAGUAGUGUUGCUGUCUUAUGGCAGCAGUUUUUUUAUGUUUGACUUUAACACUUUUCAAAGCUGCAAAAACUUUGAUAAUGUUGUUCAACUCUGCAUAUCAGUCUUCUUGUUGAGCACAUCACUGCUCAGAAGUGAGCUACUUGCUGUGAUAUUGCAACAAUUGGAAUUAAAUUAGUCAUCCCGUAGAGCCGAACAUACCAGUACAGUCAAAACUGCCCAAGACAACCACUGGGGGGUCAGUUAAAAUGUUGACAGGUGGUCACUAUGGACAGGAUUCUUAAUGCUUGUGUCAGUGGGAAAAAUUAUGUAAGGCAUUGGCCAGGUGGUCCUUAUGUAGAGGUGGUCACUUGUACAGCUUUGACUGUACCACAAACACAGGUCAGAGUUUGACCGUGUAUUGGCUUAAUUUUUUUGCUUGGCUCAAUCAUGGGAACUGCAACAGAACUGGUGUUAGAAUGCACAAAACAAAGCAAGGAUAAGUAUAUGACAGGCAUCAAGGCUUCAAAGGCAACAGCAUUUUAUUUAGUACAACGUAUUAAAAAUUCAGUUUCCUCCCAAAACUUCAAGCUGCCACAUCUGGCAUCUUUUCACCGAAAACCUAAACAAAGAGAACUGCUAAAGAAUCGAGCCGCAAGUACUAGAGCUAAAUCCAAAUGUAAUGAAUUAUAUAGAUAACUGUUCUGAAGUAAAAAUAUGGCAACUGUUUUGAAGUAAAGUAUGAUCAAACAAGUUUAAGUAGUAGGUUGCCUUAUUUCUUAUGAAAUUAAUGUUAAGUUUGAUGGAUACCCGAAUGUCCUAAGAUUGCUACCUCCUCUAGCAUAUAUAGAUGCAAGUUAAUCAUCUAGACAAUGAGGUUGGUAAUAGUAAUACUGGUUUAUUUCAGUUCUGUGUACAAAAAUGAUAAUUUGGGCGAAGAAAUGGCGGAAAUAGCUGGAAGUGCAUGUAUAUACGAAUGGAUUUAUUUUUUCCAUGGUUGGGGAAUUAGGCUGUAGAACAUGUACAAUUAAUAUUGCUUUGUUGUAGACUCUAUGUGGUUGUACUAUAAAGUUGUGUAGCAAUACUUGUUAAUCUCUCCCAAGAAAAAAAAGCUCCCUUCGUCUCAAGUAGUUUGUUUCUGUGGAAUGUGGCUUUUACUAUGCAGAUCUUACCUUGAGCUUGAACCCUUCUGUAUGUUGUUGAUUCACACUUUUUGUCAUGCAUCAUUCUUCAUCAAAUAUUCUCCUUAUGGAAAAAUAAAUAAUUCAAUUCCCUUUUAUACAAAUU